UGUGCGUUUAGUUUACAUUCGAUUCUGGAACCAGCUGGUUCUCGCAUAUUCGCCUCAGUGGAACCAUUAACUACUCAUUGGCGAUUUUUUCGUUGCUGCUGAAAGGAUUCUUUUGUUGACACCUGCGGCAAGCGAAGAGAACAAAAAUGGAGUGAUGAAAAUUUUCACCAUGCACGAGUGAAGAAUGAAAACCGUUUGUUCGAGGGGGAGGAAGGCUUACCCGGAACCGCUCUUUGUGAGCGGAGGUAAAUGAUCUUCCCGUGGCCUCAAUCUAGUAGGUAUUGUCUCUGAUGAAAAUUUUGAAAACGCAAGAAAUGAGGGCAAUGGAUGGUUCAUUUGAGUGAAGGUUUUUGUUCAUGCUUCGGGUAGUUUCCGAAGAGUUGAAAAUUUCCCGUAUUCCAACGGAAACAAAUUCGGUUUAAUCAUCGGUAUUGUGGUCUGCCCCUAAAUUGGGCUGGAGGUGCAGAAUUAACAAACCUCCGCGGUGACGACAGUAUCGAGUGGGAGGCACAUUGUCGUAGUUCGUUGUUCCGGACCCCCUUGUGUGAGUAUGUUGCAACAGUCAGUGAGUGACGUCUAGAAUAUAAGUGGUUCGGUCUAUUUUUAUACUAUUGGAGAAAAUAUGCCCAUACAGGCAAUGUGAUCGAUACCUGAAGGUUGGUGAUAUCGCAAAUGCCUUCGGCAUUCGUGUCUUGAAUUUAUAGCCACCCAGCACAUCGGGAAUAUCCGCCUGUUGUCUGUACGUGUAUGCCUUGCCUGUCUAAUAGUGCCACCCUUGAUCCCGGUGGAAUCGUGUUCAUAUAAUAUUGAUUCGGAUAAAUCGUUACUCAUAGAACGGAGUGUGCUACGGAGAUUGGCUGAUUUUGUUCAAGUGGUUCCCGCAGCAGAUUUAUAUCCGAACAAAUACGAGCUCAUCAACGUUAGACGUAUCAACAACUGCACCGACAGAAGCAACCACGGCUCACCGAAACGAGCUGAACAGCACCGCAGCCCUGAAGAACGGAAGUAUGCCAGAGGAUAGUGCGGUCAUGGUUGAAGAUGUAAAGUUGAGAAAAUCCCUCUUGCUCUACGCCGAGGAAGAACAUAACGGGGAAGCUUCAACAUGCGGCCGGAUCCUGAUCUUUCUGUCCUGGGUGCUUGUGGUUCUGACGAUGCCCUUCAGUCUGUUGGUGUGCUUCAAGGUUGUGCAGGAGUACGAGCGUGCUGUGAUAUUCCGGCUCGGUCGCCUAGUGCAGGGUGGAGCUAAAGGGCCAGGUAUCUUCUUUAUCCUGCCAUGCAUCGACGCCUAUGCACGUGUCGAUUUGCGUACUCGUACGUACGAUGUCCCACCGCAAGAGGUUUUGACAAAGGAUAGCGUUACGGUGUCGGUGGAUGCAGUCGUGUACUACCGUGUCUCGAAUGCAACUGUCUCGAUUGCCAACGUGGAAAAUGCUCAUCACUCGACCCGCCUGUUGGCCCAGACAACGCUACGGAACACGAUGGGUACCCGGCAUCUGCACGAAAUUCUGAGCGAGCGGAUGACAAUCUCCGGUAGCAUGCAACUUUCCCUGGACGAGGCAACCGAGGCAUGGGGCAUUAAGGUGGAGCGAGUGGAAAUCAAGGACGUCCGUCUCCCCGUUCAGUUGCAGCGUGCCAUGGCGGCCGAAGCCGAGGCUGCUCGUGAGGCCCGGGCCAAGGUAAUAGCUGCCGAGGGUGAACAGAAGGCUUCACGGGCUUUGCGUGAGGCAUCCGAAGUGAUCGGUGAUUCGCCGGCCGCCCUGCAGCUUCGCUACCUCCAGACACUGAACACCAUCUCAGCGGAGAAGAACUCGACCAUCGUUUUCCCACUGCCAAUCGAUAUUCUGACAUACUUCAUGAAGUCGAAGGAAACUUUCGCCGCAUCGCACUCGCAUACGUAAGUCACUCGCGAGAGACGGGCACGGGCUGAACAGGCUGACCCACGGAAAGUGUUCUCCUAACGUUUCAUUACUCAUCAUUUUUUGCCGGAUACUUUUCCUAUUGAAAGAACAACCGUAGUUAUGAAGACUAUUUCCUUUUCCUAUAAAUAUCCGUGUGUAGUGUGCGGCCAUGUAGUAGUUGCCCUUGUAGGGCGCAAAACACAAACAUUCAUUGCUUCGUACAGAGAUGGAUAGUGCUGGUGUAACCGCAGUUGAAGAUAAGGAACUAUUGUUUUUACUUACAAUGAACCGUUUAAUUUUUCUUUCAUAUCAAGUCAUUUGAAAAUUCUUAUUAGGUUCUUUUGCUUAGUAGGUCUCAAAAAUUUUAGUCACGUGGGGAAAUGUAAAAAAGCCAGAAAGGCUAUGCUAUCAUUAUUUAUAUGUAGGAAAUUUUAUACGUAUUGCUUUUAAUACACGAUGCAACAGCAAAUGCUUGGUCACUUUGGUAAGUCUCGAUAAAUGCACAAUGAAAUCUCGUUAUUUUUAUACAAUUAUCAUUUAAAUUUCAUAUAUUUAGUGUGUAAUACACCCACUUACUAAAUAUAUAUGGUUAUUUCUUUCCAUUUUGCAAUCAAAUGGCGAUUUUUAUUGGUUUCUGAGGAAAAAAAACACACGUACAUAUUUUAUUAGCAUAACAUUUUAAAAAAAUUUUUGGAUUUAAAAUUUUGGAAAAAGCAAAGUCCUGACAUUACAUUCCUUUUGUGGAAUUUGGUCUUUCUGUUUCAACAGACAUCGCAGCCGAUUCUUACACGGAAAGAAAUCCGUUACUGCUGUCAUGAUUGAAAAGUCAUGAGACCAAUCUCUUUAACUUCACAUUAAGUCUUGAUAAUUUUUAAUGAUUUUUUUUUAUCAAAAGGAUUCAAAACAUGUGCAAUAAGUCUUCUACCAUGAAAAUUAAUCAUGGUCAGAAAAUCCGUUACUUUGUAUUUCAUUCUAAACUCGUUACUCCAAUUUUCUACCCGGAUAUCACUUUGAAUCUUCUGCCUCGAAACCUACUUGAAAUGUUUACUUGAUUUCGAGAAAUAUUAAUUGACCGAUUAGAAAUUGUAUUGUUUAUCCUCCGGCUGACAGAGAACGAACAUCAUAAUAGGUAAGAAGCGGACGUCUUUCAUUUGGAAAACAUCAACGCUAUAUUUUGUAUGAAUAUACCUGAAUGUAUUCUUGAAUAUUUGAUUUUACUGUUGCUGUUAGUAUUAUAGUCCUAGAGCUAGCGUUAAUCGAAAAAUAAAUUCGACUAUAAAACUGGAACACCAUACAAUGAAAGCCAGAAAAAUUACUCAGUUCAACCACUUUAUUGAACUUUUUUAAUAGAUAUGACAACACAGGCUGUAUUGAUCCUACUAAAUAUUUCGAAUUAGACGAUGUUUUCAGAGAAAUUAAAUAUCACUCCGCGGUUUAUAAUCGAUAUGAAAUUAAUUUUCAUGAGGCUUGAUUUACACGUUAUAUAAGAAAUAGCAUUUGAUACAUCAGUUAAGCAAAAUUCAAGCAAUCGCGUAAGAAAUACGAUCAUCACACCAUAUUAUUUACAUUAUAUUCAAAAUAUGCAUUUUUUUUAAAAUAUAGCGCCUGAGUUACGUAGCAAAGAUCAGUAUUGUAGCAGAAACACACCCGAAGUUAUAUCCAUCAACAAGAGGUGCGUUACGCUUGAAUUUUAGCGAAAUUAGUCUAAAUGGUUCAUGAUUUGAAAACUUAGUCAUGGUGUAUUAUCAUAAUAUGAAAAUACACUCUUUUCUUCAAAUCAUGACUCGUUUCACUCAUUUCUAGAAUUUCGUCCAUGUAGCGGACAGAAUCAUUGCUUUACUACUACUACGAUCCUUUUGACACUAAGAAUCCUUCCAGGUUGGGAAUCGAACAUACGACAACUGGUUUGUAAGAUCAGCUCCCUAUGCAUUGAACCGUAAAUCAGAGCUGUCAUAUUGAAAUCUGUGUUUCAACUUGAAAAAUAUGUGUUGCAGGUAUUCGAUCAUAAUAUGUGAAAAGCAUUUUGAAAUACUUACAUUUUGAUUAAAUAUUCAUAAAAAGCUGUAAAAAUAUGUAAAAUUUGAUCAAAUCUGUGAUCUGUGUAGCAAAAUCUAAAAAAAAAUCAAAUUCACACACAAAUCUGUGAACUAUGCCGUCAACCCGGACUAGGAUUUUGGAUCGAAUGUCAAAAUGUCAUGAAAAGAUACAAGUUUAUGAUUCAAUCAAAAAGAAAAUGACUACUUACAUAAGAGCUCGAUGGCUUCAUAUGAAUAAAAAGAAAAUGGAAUAAAAUAUGCGAUUAUGGGACCGGGGAAAAGUUUUGAAAAAAUCUCGCUGACGAUACAUCCUUUAGACAUACACCGAAACCUCUACUUACGAACUAAACGGGGGUUCGUAAAUCGAGUUAGUUCGUAAAGAAAUUUAACGUUAUUUGGAAUUCACUUCGUAAAAAAAGUUUGUCCGGGAAUAUUUUCGGAAUGUAUGGAUGGAAGCCGUAAAACGAUGUUUGAGACAAGGAUGGCUUUUAUCGUAUCAAAGAACGCUCACUGGCAACUCUUCACACGAUUAAAUCAGUGCCAUCAAAGAGAUACGGAUAUCAUCGAAACAACAAAAACCCGGCAUGGCUCAUUUAACAUAGAAUAGACAGAGCCGUGCGAGAGCGAAUUUCUCUAGAUGACAUUUCUGAGAAUCAAAAGUUAGCACGCUGCUGUGGGGAUCCUCUCUGAAGCAACAAACGGUCGCGAUCCGAUUCUAUACAGGAAGUUGAUAAUUGCGAUAGAAUCAUUUUACUAUUGCCGCUUAUUCUAACUAUGUGCAUAUAACCUUUGUAUAAGUUGUGUCUAUGAAAAUGUCUGUGAAUGCUCCACAUAAGAGUUUUGCAAUAUUGCAACCUAGUAUGAGAAUCAUCAAGUUGAAUCAUCGAUUCGAUUUUCUGCGAUAAUUGUCAACUUGCGAUUCUCUCUUGGGAAAUUCCACACAGGAACGAUCAUUAUCCGACUGUACAUUUUUAAAGGGCCGUGAAAUACUCAGAGUAUGAAGUGGAAGUGGAGCGAAGAAAUGUAGAAAAAUUCUCUCGCGGCUCAUGCAUUGAGGGACUCGAGUUCUUGUAGCAUCUUCUACCGGAUUGAAAAUGUUGUAUACAAUAUAGAUAGCAAUAUAGCAGCUUCUGUCAAAUUUUCGGCAAUCACCAACACUGGUUUGAGGUUGAUCCGAAAUCCAGGAAUGCGGCAUUGUCGGAACGGAUUCUAUGAAUAGAAGCCUUAAAUAAUGUUUAAGGUCGAAGAUUGCAACUUCCGGUUUAUUGAUAUACAUUGACAACCCUUACAAUAUGAGUAAGAGUUUUCAAAGAACAUCCAUAAACCGGAAGUCACCAUAUUAAAUUCCGAAACAAGCUCAAAUAUAGUUUUCUGAUAUUCAACCCUUUCCGUUAAUACUCUUAUUCUAAAGGGUUUUGGGGUUUUCAAGGAAUGUCAAUAAAUCGAAAGUCACCAUCUUGAAUUUUGAAACGAUCUCAAACAUCGUUUUCCCGAAUUUUCUCUUCAAACUUAUCCCAAAAAUACGCAUAUUGUAGUGGUUUCCAUGGGAUAUCAAUUACCCGGAAAUCGUUUUAGUUUCACGUAAAAACCUGGUUCAAAAGCGCAAUUUCACGCUCUUAAUUGAUAACUCAUAGGAUCGUGGUUUUUGAGGUACUGUAUCUUCAGCAAAGUUGCUCAGAAUGAUAGACGCCAUAUUUUGGCAAAUUUUAUUUAUGUGAUUAAUCCCCCUAAAAGUUAAAUACAAAUUCUCAGGGCCAACAUAGGGGCUAAGUUACUUCGACAAAGUUGUGCAGAAAGUUGUUUCAAACAAGUUUGCUGAAGGUACUAUUCCCGUAACUUCAGUAUAAUUCAUGAUAUAGUGUAUUUUCUGAAAAGGGUAUAAAAAACCAGUUUUUGUAAGAAAACAUAUAUAUUUUCAAUAUAUAUGAGUUUUUCAUGUUAUACAAAGUUUUUGAUCUUUAAAAACUACACAACUUUCUCAAACAUUCUAUGCUGCUAUCAUGACAUUUUAAUGAAAUAGAGCAAUUAUUCAUGUUUUUUUAAAUAAAAUAAAUCUGAUCUGAUAUACAAUGAACCUAAUCAUUGCAAAUGUCAAGGACAAGGAUAUUUGAAAAGAACAUAUCUCGCCUGCAGACGAUCGCAGACGAGUAACUCAACCACGGUAUGAAAGCUCUUUUGAAGUAGUUCAAUAUGUAAGUAGUCUCAUCUGCACCUUUCUGCGCCUUUUGAUGAUAGACAAGUUGGAAUUUUGUUAAAAAAGUCAUGAAAAAUGGCUCUAUUUCAUUGAACUAAAAUGAUAGUAGCAUAGUAUGUUUGAGAAAGUUGUGUAGUUUUUAAAGACGAAAAACUUUGUAUAACAUGAAAAACUCAUAUAAAUUUUAAAUAUAUAUGUUUUCUUACAAAAACUGGUUUUUUGACACCCUUUUCAGGAAAUUCAUUAUAUCAUGAAUUACACUGAAAUUACGGGAAUAGUACCUUCAGCAAACUUGUUUGAAAUAACUUUCUGCACAACUUUAUCGAAGUAACUUAGCCCCUAUGUUGGCUCUGAGAAUUUGUAUUUAACUUUUAGGGGGACUAAUCACAUAAAUAAAAUUUGCCAAAAGAUGGCGUCUAUCAUUCUGAGCAACUUUGCUGAAGAUACAGUACCUCAAAAACCACGAUCCUAUGAGUUAUCAAUUAGGAGCGUCAAAUUGUGCUUUUGAACCACUGUGCAAUGUAUGGGUAAGGGUUUUCAAGGAAUAUCGAUAUUGAAUUUCGAAACGAGCUCUAACUUUGUUUUCUGAUAUCCAGUCAUCAAGUCCAUUCCGAAAAUACUCUUAUUCUAAGGGGUUUUGAAGAAUAUUGACAAACCGAAGGUUGCUAUCUUGGAAUUCGAAACCACUUCAAACCUUUUUUUUUCGGCAUCUGUUCAGUGAGCCCCUCUCGAAAAUACCCAUUUUGUAAGGGUUUUCGAACAUUGGUUUUCUUGGAUCUACACUCGUAGAAAAAAUGAAAUUUACGCUUGACAUAAAUUCAAGCAUGCCGUAAUUUAUUCGGUGAUAACACAUUAUUAUAGCCUCUAACAUGUAAAAAUAAAUUUUACGUCUGUAUGGAUGUAAUCUUCAGCUAAAUUAACUGUGAAGGUUAUGAUAGGACUUAUCUUUGCAUGCUUUCAAUUGUGAAUGUUAGUUAAUCACGACACUCCUUUUAUGUGCAUCUAGUAAGAUGUAAAUUUUGUGUUUAAAUCCGUUCCAAAAGUAGCAUAAUUAUAGGAGUUUUUAAUUAAUACCAAUAAACCGGGAAUCGCCAUCUUGGAUUUCGAAAUGACCCCAGACAUCGCUUACCUCUCUUCAGACCUGUACCAAAAAUAUGUAUAUUGGAGUGGUUUCCAAGGAAUAUCAGUUACCCGGAAAUUGUUUUCAUUUUAUGUAAAAACCUCGUUUUACGAAGUAGGUUCAUGUAAAAAGAUUACGUUGUUUGGGAAUUAAUUCAUACGUAGUAACAGUGGUAACAUAAACAAUGUGGUGAUGUACUAUUGCGGCUAACUUUUUCUGAUAUUCCCACUCAUUUGCUGGUAAGCUUAACGUGGUAGAUUUUACAUGUCCAAGUAAAUAUUAUUAUUUCUGCCUUUCUUAUGUAGAAUGGCUACACAAACUCUGCAAAAAUUUUGGAUCGUGUUAUGACCCUCUAAUACCGUUUUCGUUUAUUGAUCAGAGUAGCUCGAAAGCUGACCCAGAGUCGCCCAAACAACGUUUGAUAUGUUUGCACUAGCAACCUGGGACGCUCUAGACGCUCUCCAAUCGCGUAGUUUCGCUCUGAAAUUUUUCUCGGGUCGCACCAAUACAUCCAUGCGAGUUUGUUUGUUUUUUUUUAUAAGCUGUUGUUUAGGACGCGUUUCACGUGUUUGUUUUACUCGGAGCCAGAGUCACCCGCGUGUAUGUUCAAAUACGAAAACUGUAUAAGUGAUACUUUGCAGAAUAUUAUGUUUUGACUUUUUUUAUAUGGGACAGAAAAGAAUUGAUCUUUUUUUCACAUUUUGCUGAACAAACCCACAUUUAUUAAUGCAAUUUAUGAAAGUACAUAUAUUAAACCUCAUCCAUCAAGCAAACAAAAAAUGAUGAAAAUGGAUAUGGGACUGAUAUGUAAGUAUAGGCAGCAUACCUUCUCCAAAAUUCGGUUUGAGAAAGCAAGGGUCGGCGAUUCAAUGAUCUUAUAAGCCAGUUGUCGAAUGUUCGAAUCUCGACCUGGAAUCCUUUUCUUAGUGUCAGUAGAAUCAUAGCACCAGCCAUGCAAUGAUUCUGUACUGAAACAGAAAAGCCAAAUUGGAUAAAGGAAUUUAAUACCAAGACUUUGCUUUGCUUUGAAAUGCCGGAAGUAGUGGGUAAUUUUCUAAAAAUGAAUUUGUAUCAAUUCUUCACAUCGACGAUUAUGAGAAAGGGAUCAUUACUUUAUUAUUCUCAGUAUUUUUUGAGUUGCGUUUUGUGUCAUUGUGUUGUGUGUAUUGUCCUGUUUUCACGAUUCAGUUUGACCAACUGCUAAUUCGUAAUAUCCCCGCGAUGAAGUAUUUUUUCUCCAAGUACAUUUCAAUUGAAAAUUUUAGAAAUGUAAUUCUUUUGAAUAUUUAGUUUUAUUUCAGUUUACUUUGCUUCUAUGUAAGUAAAACAAUGUUCCAAAGAAUUCUAACGAUUUAUAUUCUGUUGCAAACAGGCGGAUGUUUUUCUUUUUUUCUCGAAUCGAGAUAUCGGAAGUACAAAUUAAUUCGGUCCGUUUUUUUUGGGUCAAAAAUGCAUUUAUUUCAAAAUUAAAAGAAUUUAAGGAUUAAGAUAAGUAUCGUGACUACUUUUCCUUAUCUCUCAAAAAAUUUUCCAAUUUCAUCUCGAAAAAAUGUCUCGUCUAUUGAGGUGAUCUAAAUCUGAAGCAAAUAUUCGAUUUCUGCGAAAGAAGUAAACCGAAGUAAAAAUCGUGCUGCAUCCGUCGGAACAACCAGUAAUCAGAAAGAGCAAUGUCUGGAGAAUAUGGCGGGUGCGACAAAAUGUCUCACUAGAGUGUUUCCAAAUAUUUUUUUCACAACAUUUGUGACAUGAGGCCGAGCGUUGUCAUGCCGGUGAAUAACUUUAUCAUGUGUUUGCUUGUACUCCGUCACCCACCUGCCUUGCUUUUGAAUCAUUCCCAUGAAUGUUAAUCGUACAGCAACUGUUUAUUGGGUAGCUUACAACGAUUCUUCAAGCUCCUUUGGCUUAUGACUCGGAUCUUCAUGGAGUAAUGCCUCCAACUGUUGGUCCUCGAUUAUUUUUUUGGAUGUCCAAAUCUGAUUUAUCAGCAUUAUUUCCAUACACUUCAGCGCUUCAGCUGCACUUCCCUCCCAAUUAAAACAGAGAACUAAAACUUCCCGCAAAAAAAAACUCGACGCAAUAUGAAUUGAAUAUUGAUGACAGAUGUCUAACCUCUUGAAACUAUCGACAUCAACUGUUACUGUUCAAUAUUUAUAACAGCCAGAGCCAUCUUUUGAAAUCGGACCGAACUAAGUUGUCCUCCCAAUAUAAUACGUAUAAUUCAACACCUUUGAAUUGAAUUUGAAUUUUCCUCAUUUAAAUAGUAUGCAAAAAUAAAAAAAUAUACAUCAAAAUAACGGGAACAGAAAUGUUGAUAUAAUAAUUACAGAUCCAUGUUUUUUUUUGCACUUUACUCCGCAUCGUACUCCAGAUUGCAGAGUUAACGAGAUUUAUUUUGGUCGACCUCGUUAUCAUACCUCGAGAUUAAAAAAUAUACAUCUGUCGUAGGAAUGAAUUCAUAUCCAUCUCCAUUUCGUUCACUUUUUGUUCAUUACUCGUGUAUCGGACAGUUGAUGAGAGAGAUGAUUAUAAUUGACUUUUAGUUUUUUUUUUCAAGAGAAUUAUGUCAUUGUACCAUUUGUAUUUUAUUCAAUGUAAUAAAUCCAAUUUGGUAUCAUGGAAAUUAAUACUCUUGUUUAUUGUGAAUGUUUACAACCGGCUCGACAAUCCUAAUUUGGUUGGCACACACAAUUUGAUUAAGCACCGAAUCAAAGUAGUGGAACCGGAAGGGUUCCGUUUUAUACAAUGUUUUAUGGAAUGCAAAUGCAACCGCACGUGUUAUUUAUUAAGUUGAACCCAUGAGUUCUGGUUUUAAAAUAUAUACAUUGGUAAUGCUUCAGAGCAAAGAAAAACGGAAAGCAUAAUGAAUGAAAAAAAAUGGAUUACAAUACUAUACUUGGGAACUGAUAGCAUUUUCAACAUCGCUAGUUAGCCAAACGAAGAAAAAACAUAACGAAUUCGAUAGAAAAAACAGUCAUUCAUAGAAAACAAUAGAUAAAAACUAGAUAACCGUAAAUAUGAGUGCAACGUAAGCUGCAAAUGAUGACCAAUAAAUCAAACAAACUCGUUAAAGGUGAUAUAAGCUUUAAAAGUAAAACAAAUUCACAUUGAACAAGAAUCUACUUAUAAGGCAUUUCAAAAUAAAAACUAACAAAAAAAUGUUGCAAAGCAAACGCAAAUAACAACCAAAUCACUUAAAAAAAUCAAUCACAUCAGUUGUAACGUUUAGUGACGAACCGAUUUUUUCUUCUGUUAAGUGUGGAAAGUCAAUGUAAAUGUUGUCAUGUAUUGUCGUUUUAUUAAAAUCGUACCAAAGAAGUAAUCUUAUUGAAGUCUAGCUAAGCAGAAGCACCGCACUGGUGUAGGGUUAAUCAACAUUGUCGAUGUUAAAAUGGAUAUUAUAAAGUAAAUGAAAAAAAAUAAAUAAAAA